AUGCACAUCAUUAAACCCGUCUGGCUCACUCACGGAGGCGAAAAGAAGGAUUUUGAGGUCUACAGCUGCCACGUCUCCCCCGAUGGCUCACGCCUGGUCACUGCCGCUGGUGAUGGCUACGUCCGUAUUUGGUCUACUGAAGCCAUCUACAAUGCUGGCAACCCCAAGUACGAUAAACCCCGCCAGUUGGCAUCCAUGAGUUACCACUCAGGUACCAUUCACACCGUCCGUUUCUCCCCUGGCGGCAAGUUUCUCGCGUCUGGCGCCGACGACAAGAUUGUCUGUAUCUAUUCCCUCGAUUCGGGUCCUCCUCAACAUGCGACUUUUGGCUCCAACGAAGCCCCUCCCGUCGAGAACUGGCGUAUCUUUCGAAGACUGAUCGGUCAUGACAAUGAUGUUCAAGAUUUGGGAUGGUCUUACGAUGGCACUAUAUUGGUCUCGGUUGGUUUAGACUCCAAAGUCGUUGUCUGGUCCGGCUUCACCUUCGAGAAACUCAAGACUCUCCCCAAUCAUUCCAGUCAUGUCAAGGGCAUCACGUUUGAUCCCGCCAACAAAUACUUCGCUACCGCCAGCGAUGAUCGUAGCAUUCGGAUCUUUCGAUUCACCUCCCCGACUCAAAACUAUUCUACUCACGAUGCGGUUAACAACUUCAUCCUCGAACAGACCAUUCUACAACCAUUUGUCAAUUCCCCUCUCACCACUUACUUUCGGAGAUGUUCCUGGGCCCCGGAUGGUCUACACAUUGCGGCAGCAAAUGCCGUCAAUGGUCCUGUGAGCGCCAUCGCUAUUAUCAAUCGAGGUUCAUGGGACGCCGAUACUACUCUCAUUGGCCAUGAAGGUCCGGUCGAAGUCUGCGCAUUUUCUCCUAGGCUCUACGGUCAAGACCCAGAUGAUCGUCCAAUGGGAGAUGGUCCUGCACCACCACAUACCACAGCCAUCGCCUGUGGAGGAGCAGAUAAAACCCUGAGUAUUUGGACAACAAGUAGCCCUCGGCCUCUAAUCGUCACUCAAGAUGUUUCCAGCAAGCCCAUAUCCGACCUGGCAUGGAGCCCAGAUGGGCAGAAUCUAUAUCUUACUGCAUUAGACGGCACUAUCUUUGUUGUCAUGUUUGAACCAGGUGACCUGGGCUACGCCAGACCUGUCGAGGAGAACGAUCGAUCACUUAGUAAGUUCGGUACUUCGAGGAAAGGUCUAGGCUUUCCAGAAACGACGGAUGCUUUACUGUUGGAAGAGAUGAGUAAAGCAGGAGAGUUGAAGGGCUUGGAGGGUCGCAUGGGUGCAUUGAUGGGUGACUCGAAUUCAUCACAACCUGCUGCAACCUCAACAACCACAACCACCAACACCGCACCGGCAACGAAUGGUACUACAACCACAGAAACUCCCACAAAUGGCACAGCAGUCACAACGAAUGGUGUUGCUGCAGCUGCCAAAUCGCAAGAUGACCAAAACCAAGCCAAGCUUGAGCGACUGAAAAAUAGAGUGGAAAUCACAAAGGAUGGUAAGAAAAGAAUCCGUCCGCUACUGGUCUCGGGCGCCGGUGGAGCAGAAUCCUCCCUACCUCAGACAAAACUGGUCAGUGCAAGCGCGAAUGUUCAGACCUUGGAUACGCCACAAUCAAUCCUUGAUCUUUCGAAACCGUUCGAUGGUCUCCCUAAAGGCGGCCUAGCCGCCCUUCUACUUGGGAACAAGAGAAAAUACUCUCAAAUCGAUGGUGAAGAGGACGGGACAACCGAGAAGAGAGUGAUUGCCGCAAGCCAAAAAGGAGCAACACCAAUCCUUGUCAAUGGCACAGAAGGUCUUUUGCCUGCUCAACCUCAGCCGGCCAUCAGUGGUCAGCAAGUGACACCCGAAUUCAUUCGUCCUGCUGUCAUGAAUCCAGCUUUAAGUGUCAGUCAAUUGAGAUUGGCAGUGCCUCGAAUACGAACACAUAUUGUUCAAGGUAUUGACUCGUCAGGAAAACCAGGCGAUGUCUCAGCUGAUGCUCUGAGCAAAUCACGAGCAGAAUUUGUGUUUGAAGCGAAGAACCCAUCAGGUCCAUCCUUGACCCAAAGAGCUCAAGAUCGAGAGCCUUGUCGAAUUACUUUGACAAGAAAAGACCAACCUCUGUGGCAAGACUUUCUUCCUCGAGCGGUCCUUCUCGUCACCGGCAAUCAGUCCUUCUGGGCAGCUGCUGAUGAGACCGGGUCGAUCUAUAUGUGGACUCCAUAUGGUCGACGACUCAACAGUGCUAUCGUCAUGGAAGCGCAGCCUGUCAUCUUAGCGUCAUAUGAAUCAUGGCUGCUAUGUAUCACGGCAGUGGGAAUGUGCUAUGUUUGGAAUGUCAAAACCAUGUCAUCACCACAUCCUUCCGUGUCAUUGGCUCCCGUGCUGGACGCUGCUAUUCAUUCAUUGGCGGCUCAUCCCACUGGUGCUCCGGCUGUCACGCAAGCUCGUCUCAACUCAGAAGGUCGGAUUAUCAUCAGCUUGUCCAACGGAGAAGGAUAUUCAUAUUCACCUCAGAUGUACUGCUGGCAGAGGCUGUCCGAAGUCUGGUGGGCAGUUGGUAGCCAGUAUUGGAAUACCACUGAUACUUCUGUCGGCAAUAUUAAGUCUUCCAAGGCGCAGUCCAGUGAUGAGAAGGCCGUAGAUCUGUCCUCCGGAGUGAUUCCGUGGUUGGAGAGAAACACCACGUCAGAAACACUGCUACGCGGUCGAGCAUACUUCUUACAACGACUCAUCAAGGUCCUGCUGUCACGAGAAGGGUUUGAGAGUUUUGAGUCGGGUGUAUCUAUUGCGCAUCUCGAAAACCGAAUUGCCGCUGCAUUGAUGCUUGGAGCCAAGGAUGAAUUCAGGAUCUACGUUUUGAUGUAUGCGAAAAGACUCGGUGCAGAAGGAUUGAGGCUGAAAGUCGAAGAACUUUUACGAACGCUGGUUGGAGGAAUCGUGGAGCAACCUUCGCCCGAGCAGGGGAUCGCUGCCAAUAUCAAUGUUGUAGAAGGUCGUAAUUGGCAGGAAGAUUCGAAGACUAUCUGUGGAUGGCCUCGGGAAGAUCUUCUAAAGGAUGUGGUCCUCAUUCUUGGAAAACAUCGCGACUUGCAACGAAUAACGGUUCCUUUUGCCAAAAUGCUUGGCCUCGUUAACGACACCGCCUCGGCGUCGAUGGCGAAAGCGACAGAUGGGGGUGGAGAGGCUAUGGAUUUGUAG